AUGCGACCUGGUGCGUUGACCAGGCGUUGGUCAAACGUCCGCCAAGUCAUGUCCCAAAAAUCUCGCAGAUCGGAAGCGAUUGCAGAGACAAGCCUCAACGCGACGGACCGACGGAGGGAGCUGAGCUGGAGAUCGGAGAUGUGCUGCCUCACCUCCUACUGGUACACCUCCAGCUUCGUCUCGUGGCUGUGCCGUGUCUUGGCCCUUGUUGGCUUUAGUUCCAAUGCAUUCCUCAGGACAAAUCGCUUUGACAGAGCUUUUGCCGACCUCAGCCACUGUCGACUUGGAGCUGUAGCUGUCGGCCGGAAGCAUGGGACGUCGGCAACAUAG